AUGUUCGAGACCACGCUGACCCUGCCGCGAACCAGUGUGCUUACGGAACCGUUGGGCAGCGCCGGAACCGGAUCUGGGCCCUCUACAUCAACGGCUGCCGUGGCAGUUCAGACCAGCAAACGACGCCGAAGGCGACGAAACAAACGUCGCCGCAAAUCCUCCCUGUCCAGCAAUACCGAUGCCCCGUCGGCCCGGACCUACGAUCCCGUGAUGACGGGCAGUACGCUCCGGUCGGCAGCUGUGGCAUCGGUGGGCGGGAGCGCGGGCACGGGACCCGUGCGUCGGGGUCGUCGCAGGAGCGGGGUCAGCUCAUCUUCAUCGGCGGCAGCGACUGCAGCAGCAGCAGCGGAGGAGGAGGCGGAAGAAGCGGAGGCGGAGGCGGCUCGCCAGGAGGAGGCAGCGGAAAUCUUGAGCGGAAACAGCAGCCCAUCGAUGUUCGUUGAUCCGCAGGACUUCUUUGAGACCCUGGACUAAAUUUAGAUUAUUUACAAUUUGCAGUAGGUUAAAUUUUGUUGUUACUUCCGUUCUCUAUCUUUUACAUGCAUCCCUGGCUUCAGUGCGCCUAUUUAUAUCUAAACGCCGUUUAUUUAAUUGUUCGAUUAUGCUAAAGGUGCGAUGCGUUUUGCGGCCUUUGAUUUAGCGUGAUUUUUUUAAAAACUUUUAACAUAUAUUUUAUAUAGCCUCUGUAAGCAUACCGUGUGUAAUAUUAUGAUGUAUAAUUAAAUUUGCGAACUGUGCUGCGACACGA